UGGACUUUUUUUUUUUUUUUUUUUUGGUUUUUUUUCGAGACAGGGUUUCUCUGUAUAGCCCUGGCUGUCCUGGAACUCACUCUGUAGACCAAGCUGGCCUCGAACUCAGAAAUCCACCUGCCUCUGCCUCCCGAGUGCUGGGAUUAAAGGUGUGCGCCACCACACCCGGCUCGGGUUGGACUAUUAAAAAAAAAAAUCUGUUGUCCCCUUAGCCCCUACUCCCAGGAUGAUGACUCAGAGACUUAUAUUAAUAAAUGCCUUGGCUACAGGCUUUGGCUCAUGCCCUGACUAGCUUGUAACUAACGUAAUCCAUUUAAACUAUUCUGUGUCUACCCUUUGGUUAGUUACCUCUUCAGUCCUGGCUUGCUUUUCUUCCAGUCUCCUCAGUGUCUCUCUCAAAUCUCUUUAAUGUCUCUGUGUCUCCUUUUAGUCUCCAUUUUUCUAGAAUAUUCUCUCUUCCUGCCAUUGUCCUACCUUUUAUUUUCUGUCUCAGCUCAUUGGCCACUGGCUUUUUUAUUGGCAGGUGAUUCUUUUAAGAGAUUCUCUCCACACUGGACUUCCUCCUAGCCAGGGCAGAGGGUGGGGCAGGGAGAGAGUCAAAGAGAAAGCAGGAGAAAACAGCUUGAGUAGAGAAAGCCAUAAAAUACAAGUAUUUCUGGGAUUUUGGCUGGGAGGCAGCAAGAUUAGCUUAGAGGAUGAAAAUAGAGCAAUACCACUCAGUUGUUGUACCAUUAAAACUUGAUAAAUAAAUAUAAUAGUCCAGUCUCAGUUAUUUGGAAGCUAGCUGGGUAAGAGGAAAACUGUAACACUUAUUAAAAAGCCACUAUGUUACUGAUUUUUUAUUAUAUUUCGAUGUAUGCCUAUGUACAUGUAUAUGUGUAUGUGUGUACCACGGCAUACAUGUGGAGAUUAGAGGACAAUUUUCUGAAGCUGUUGGCUCAGGUGACCAAUCUCAUGUCAUUAAGGCUUGGCAGCAAGCACCUCUGUCCACAGUCAUCUUUAAAGCCCUUAGAUCUUUGUUACUGACAGCUGCUAGCAUCCUUGAGACAAGGUCUCACAGUGUCCCUGACUGGCUUCAGCCUGCCUCUGCCUCUGGAGUGCUUGGAUUAAAGGUGUUAAAGGUCAUUUCACUACUGUAGCAGCAUGACCUUCUGCAACUCCAGUGUCGGGGAAUCUAACACCUCGUCUCUGCAGGCUCCAGGCACACAUGGGGCACACAUACACAAAUGCAGGCAAACACUUUAUAUUUGCUAGAUACAUGAACCAAAAAUAAUUUUAAAAAAUUGAAACAACUAGAGUAGGCAAAGUCUUCCCCAUGGGGACAGAAGAGUGUCAGUGAGGAAAAACCCUCUUGAAAACUGGUACACUUACUGUUGGAGAGAAGGAUAGAGACACUUAGUUCUAGAAGCAUACAUGAGUGACUAUGGCUCUGGAGUGUGUGUGAGCCACGUUCAUCAUAUAAACUAAUGGGUUUCUGCUGGUUGUGGUGCCUCACAGCUUUAAUCCCAGCACUGUAUAAGCAAAGGCAGGCUGAUCUUUUUAGUUCAAGGCCAGGCUGCGGAUUAUAGGACAGUUAAGGUUACAGAGUUUCUGAGUACAUUUGAAAAAGAAAAAAGAUGGGUUUUACCAAGACAUCGUCACACAAGCACACUGUGUACUUUGCUCACGGCCGUUUUCUCCUCAUCCCUCCUCCUCCUCUCUUGUACACCAAAGUUCUACCGUCAUGCCGUAUUUAUAUUCAAAUCUACAUUAUAUUCAAAUAUUUGUUUGAAUCUGACUUUUACAAAACACAAUACUCUCCAGUGCCACUCAUCUUCCUGCAAACAAGAGGAUUGCAUUUUUUUUGACGGAAUAAAAUCCCAUUCCUGUUAGCCCUUCACCUGUUGAUGGGCAUUAGGCAAAGUCCAAAACAUAAAUAUUGUGACUAGUGCUACAACAAAUGAACAUGGAUGCAGAGGGAUCUCCCUACUAUGUUUGAUUCCUUCAGAGAUCAGAAGUGACCUAGCUAGAUCACUUUUAGAUUUAAAAAUAUUUAUGUGCAUGUUUGUAUGUGUACAUGUAUGCGGGGGCCCUUAGGAGAGUGCCAGAUCCUCUGAAACUGGAACUGAUGUCCAAAGUGUUCUAGAAUUCAGUCUCUCAACUGCUGAGCCAUCCCUUCAGUUCCUCUUUUUUUUUUUUUUUGGUUUUUCGAGACAGGGUUUCUCUGUAUAGCCCUGGCUGUCCUGGAACUCACUCUGUAGACCAGGCUGGCCUUGAACUCAGAGAUCCACAUGCCUCUGCCUCCCAAGUGCUGGGAUUAAAGGCAUGCGCCACCAUACCCGGCCCUUCAGUUCCUCUUAAGACAGAAAUACACACACACAAACACACACACACACACACACACACACACACACACACACACACACACACACACACACACACACAGUGGCACAUGCCUUUAAUCCCAGAACUCAGGAGGCUGAGGCAGGUGGAUCACGACCUGGUUGUUGUCUCAAAAAACAAAAGCAAAAAAAAAUCAAACCAAACAACAACAACAACAACAAAAAUCCUCUAUACGGAUUUUUUUUUUCGAGACAAAGGUCUCUCCUACUGUAAUCGCCAUGAGUAUUCUCUUUCACUACAACAUUACGGUUUUUAAAAAACAAGAAACAACCCCUCUGCCCCCUAAACCAGGUUUUCUGUGUAGCUCUGAGCAUUUCCCCCCAGCCUGCAUGUCAGUUUUCUUGUUAUCAGUCAUUCUAUCUUGGAUAAGCUACUGACAAAGGUCUUGCUAAUGUACAGCCCAGUCACCUGGGAGGAUCACGUUACCUCAAAUUCAUUCUUUUCCUUUCCUCUUUCCUUCUUCCCUCUUGUUUGAGGCAGGGUUUCUCUGUGUAGCCCUGGCUGUCCUGGAACUCACUCUGUAGACCAGGCUGGCCUUGACUCAGAGAUCUGCCUGUUUCUGCCUCUGGAAUUAAAGGUAUGCACUACUACAAACUGGUGAAAACCUUCCUUUUUCUUUUAAAUUCUCCUCCACACGACAACUUACUGACAGCUCCCCCACUUCUCCCCCUCCCCCCAAUAAACACUGAGAAAAGGGCUUUUUACUUUUGCCUUUUUACUACUGGGUCUGGCUGGUCUGUUGCUCAUUAAAUAGGUCCAGUUUUGCCUCAAAUCCCAUCCUCCCGCUUCUUGAAAACUGGGAUUACAAACCUUAGUGUGAGUAGCCACAAAACUUUUUACACAUUGUAUCUUUCCACUUGGAUCUGGUUGUUACCCUAUACCUCUAUGUAACAACUUUCUCCAAGUUUACCUAGUGACCUUCAUUUCUUCCACAUUCCGAACCACACAUUUUAGUCCACAUCUUACCUAAUCGCUUACUCUUGAUACUUGUAACAAGUUUCCUUGAUACUUUUCUCUGUCUGGCUUCCUGUCUGUGCCUCCUCGCUGUCCUAUUUUCUGCUUCCUUCCCUCAUCUCACUCCUCGAAUGCACACAUCCUCCUCUUUAGGCCAUUUUUCUCUCUUAUGGCUCCAAGAAUAUCCAGACAUGCGCAAGCACACUUUCAACUUUCUUGGUUUCAAACCACACUAAUUCAUAUAUACUUGCCUAAAAGAUAUCCCGCAGAUCUCUUGAAACUAAAAAUAACGUAACCCAGUUAUUCAAGUCAGGACACUCAUAUUUCCUUAUCCAACACAUGCCUUCCUACCUACACAUCGCCACUGUCUCUUCUUUAGCUUCAUAAUUGAUCUCUCUCCCUACCCAGCUCCACUCCCCAGGGACCGAACGUCAGGCCUAACCGUGCUAAGAACGCAUUCUUCUACAGUGCUCUAACAUCCUUGCGGUCUUCUUCGCUUAAAUUAAGUCCAAAUUGGUCUCCAUCUCCAGGGCUCAAGUAAUCCUCCUGCCUCAGGCUUCAGGCUGGCACUAACAUGCCCAGAGCUGGCAAGCUGUGAUCUCUCUACAAUACAAAUAUAACUAACUGUUCACACCUCUGUUUAGACCCUUCAAAGCCUCUUCGACUGCCCUUAGGAUAAAAUAAAUUUGCAAGGUCUUGAGUCAUAGCUCCCUAUCUCAAAGCCCUUUGUAUUACCUCUUCCUUUAGCCACAGCAGGCUCUCGGCAGCUCCAGAACAUACUCGAGCCCAUCCCACCCCCAAUUCAAUUCUCAGCCGUCCUUCACCCGUCAGCUGAGGCGACUUUUCCAUAGGAAAAUGGGAGCUCAAAAGGAAAACACUGAAGGGAUGAAUUCCGAGAGAGGGUGAGAAGCGCGGCUGCGAGGUUCGGGUUUCAGAACGUCAGAGUGACAGGAAGUUCAAGGCAAAGGUGAACUCCAGAUCGUGACCUUUCACCUCAGUUCACCGGGCAGUCCGACCCCCGGCCGAUUCCGCCCUUACGUAUCAUGGCUGCCAGCCCCUCUCUCCCGAGGGCCUUCGAGCCCGAUACCAGCCAGCUCGGGCGCCACCAAGGCUUCCACCUUCAAAUACGUUCUCUCUCCGCUUCUUAGAACCUCCCCGCCGCCGCCGUUAGGAGAACCCUGCGUUGCCAGCUUGCCCCUAAGCAAGAUGGCUGCCAGUCUCCAGCCUCUCUUGCCGACGUGAAGCUACCCACUCCCCGCUUAAUGCCGCUGCCAGGCUGCCCUCACCUAGUAUGGCUCCUCCGCUCAUGCCUCGUUAUGGUCUCGAAGCCGACACUAACCGGCCAGGUUCCGGGAGGCGCUGUGCAGGAUGCAGCCACCCCCGCCCGGCCCUCCCCUCCCCCACGCCCGCGGCGGCGGCGGCGGCGGCGGAGGCGGCGGCGGCUGGAGCCCGGAUGCGGCUCCGUGAGGCGCAGGCCCCGGAGAGCGGCGCGGAUGGAUCCAACAUGGCGGCGCCGAGGCUGAGCCGAGAGCUUUGAAACUUGUGCUAGGAAGAGCCCUGGGGAUUUAAGUUUCUUGCAAAGAUCACUGGAGAUUGCAGCUGCUGAGCAGAGAUUCUGGAAAGCACUCUAUUUCUGAGCCUCUAGCAUGGCGGGCCUAAAGAGGCGGGCAAGCCAGGUGUGGCCCGAAGAGCGUGGGGAGCAAGAACAUGGGCUCUACAGCCUCCACCGCAUGUUCGACAUCGUGGGCACCCACCUAACACACAGAGAUGUCCGAGUGCUUUCCUUCCUUUUUGUUGAUGUUAUUGAUGACCAUGAACGUGGACUCAUCCGAAAUGGACGUGACUUCUUAUUGGCACUGGAGCGCCAGGGCCGCUGUGACGAGAGUAACUUUCGCCAGGUGCUGCAGCUGCUGCGCAUCAUCACUCGCCAUGACUUGCUGCCCUACGUUACUCUCAAGAAGAGACGAGCUGUGUGCCCUGAUCUUGUAGACAAGUAUCUGGAGGAAACAUCAAUUCGCUAUGUGACCCCCAGAGCCCUCAGUGACCCAGAACCGAGGCCUCCCCAGCCCUCUAAAACAGUGCCUCCCCACUAUCCUGUGGUGUGCUGCCCCACUUCGGGUUCUCAAAUGUGUAGUAAGCGGCCAGCCCGAGGGAGAACCACACUUGGGAGCCAGCGAAAACGCCGGAAGUCGGUGACACCAGACCCGAAGGAAAAGCAGACAUGUGAUAUCAGGCUCCGAGUUCGGGCGGAAUACUGCCAGCAUGAGACGGCUCUGCAAGGCAAUGUCUUCUCCAAUAAGCAGGACCCACUUGAGCGCCAGUUUGAGCGCUUUAACCAGGCCAACACUAUCCUCAAGUCCCGGGACCUGGGCUCCAUCAUCUGUGACAUCAAGUUCUCUGAGCUCACCUACCUCGACGCAUUCUGGCGAGACUACAUUAAUGGCUCAUUAUUAGAGGCACUGAAAGGUGUCUUCAUCACAGACUCUCUCAAGCAAGCUGUGGGCCAUGAAGCCAUCAAGCUGCUGGUGAACGUGGAUGAGGAGGACUAUGAGCUGGGCCGACAGAAACUCCUGAGGAACUUGAUGCUGCAGGCAUUACCCUGACCUUUCCCCUUCUCACCUUUCUGGGGACUGUUCGCUCCGUCACCUCUGGAGCUGACAUACUGUUCUGGGGUUUGUUCUCUACCCUUUCCAACCAAUCACACCGCCUUUUUUUUUUUUUUUUUUUAAAAGGAAAAGACAAAGGAAGGUGGAAGUGGUGUCCCUGCCCUCCCUGCACCCAUGUGCCUGGGCUUCCCCGUUUCCUGUUGCCACUUACCCUAUUGUGUGUCUACAGCCACCUUACCACUGAGCCGUAAGACAAGUGUAUAGGGACAGGGUCUCUGGAACACAGCCUUUGUAAGGGAUUGAACACUGCUUUCAGGUGCAUUGAGGGGUAAUCAAUACUUAUGGCUUUAUGAGGGCUCUUAAAUUUUGUCUGAAAAACCAAAGGGCUGUGAGUAAAGGAGCUAUGUGGAAGGUGGGACUCUGAAGUGUAUUUUGGAAAUUAAUUACCACCUUCUUCCAAAUUAUAGAAUUUUUUAAAAACAGAGAAGCUGUGGCCCUUUGCAGUCUCUCCUGGCCUUGGUGCUGCUCCUCUCUGCCUUUCCUUCAUUCCACAGCGGGAACUGCUGUCGUAUGGAUCCCUCCUUGUCCCUGUCAAAUGUUCAGCAAACUUACAGAGGACUGGGCCAGCCUGAUCGAUCACCCUCCCAACUGCGAUGUGUAUGUGAACACCAGUACACAGGACAGUGGAGUAGAGGCUGCUAGUUGGAGCACACUUUCUCUGAAGAGGAGGAGGGGGUGGGGGGUAUGACAUUUUCCUUCCCUUUUCCAGUGAAAAUAACUCUUACCCCACCCCAAGGCCCUUUCCCUUUGCUUCCUUCUUGCUUGAGAGAAAGUGGGGUAUUUAGUAUCAGCUCCUCCUGUUCCUCUGCCCUCCCUUCUCCCAUCCUUUGGAGAGCAGGACUAGUACAUGCACUGAGCACCGCACUUUCUUAGGUAAGGAGGCAUGUUUGAGGCAGGAGGCUGAGGAGUGAAGUCCAGUCAAGCAGGUACAAUUCCACCUCCCCUUCUAGCCCCCAAAAGACAUGUCCAGACAUUAUGAUUAUUAUAUUUUUUUUUCAAUGCCAGUGCUGCUCAGCCCUCAGCAUAACUUCAGUUUUCAUGAAAUAAACAGUGACUAUAUAAAA